CUGUUCGAGUCCGAGAUGACAUGGCUAUAUAAGAGGGCUUAAGGGGGUUGCUAAUCUCAUCAACAUGAGAAGCUUUCCUUUCCCUCUUACUAACCCUUUCGACUACAUAGCUAGCAGCAUUUUCUGUUAUUUCUAAUCGCAACUUUUUUUUGUACCACGCGCAAGUGUGCACGGAUCGGACAUCAGAACAUGCCAACCAUGCCGGUCGCCGUGGCUGCCUCCGGCGACACAAACGUCGUGGAGGACCUCUACGGCAUCCUCCGUGUACUCAGCGACGGCACCGUUGUCCGGUCACCGGACCAGCCAGAGUUCUGCCCGAUCACCUUCCCCUGCGACCACCCUUCCGUGCAGUGGAAGGAGGCCGUCUACGAUAAGGGCAAGAACCUCCGCGUCCGCAUGUACAAGCCGUCGGGCGGCGGUGAGCAGGCCGGCCGGAAGCUGCCGGUGCUCGUCCACUACCAUGGCGGGGGCUUCUGCCUCGGCUCGUGUACGUGGGGGAACAUCCACAGCUUCUGUCUCCGCCUCGCCGCGGAGGCCGGCGCCGUCGUGCUCUCCGCCGGCUACCGCCUCGCUCCGGAGCACCGCCUCCCCGCGGCCCUCGACGAUGCGGCCGGCUUCCUAGAGUGGCUCCGCGAACGAUCCGUGAGCGCCGAGGGCGAGGACAGGUGGCUCACGGAGGCGGCCGACUUCGGCCGCGUGUUCGUCACCGGCGACUCGGCGGGCGGGACCUUAGCGCACCACCUCGCCGUGCGCGCCGGGACGUCGGCCGCGCCCAAACACGGCGAUGGCGUCGACUCUCUCACGAUCAAAGGCUACAUCCUGCUAAUGCCGUUCUUCGGCGGCGUGGACCGGACACGGUCGGAGGCGGUGGAGUUCCCGUUGGCGGAGACGCCGUUCCUCAACCUGGCCGUGCUGGACCGAUUCUGGCGGCUCUCGCUGCCGGAGGGCGCCAGCAGAGACCACCCGAUCGCGAACCCGUUCGGGGCGGACAGCCCUGCCCUGGGCUCGGUGGAGUUCCCGCCGGUCCUCGUCGUUUCCAGCGGCACCGACUUGCUGCACGACCGGACCGUCGACUACGCGGAGCGGCUGGCGAGGAUGGGGAAGCCGCUGGAGGUCGUGGAUUUCCCCGACGACCCACACGGGUUCUUCACGCAGGAGCCGUGGUCCGAGACCACCGGCGAGCUGAUCCGGCUCGUCAGCGUGUUCGUCGCCGACAGCUGCGUCGCCGUCGCGGCGCCGAAGACCGCUUGAUUCAGUACGUACAUACAGGUGCAGAGGCGCUUGUUUUGGUGUACGAAGUACGAGACAGUCGACAGUUGAGGCGACACGACCAGAAAGUGCAUCAAGAUCGGCUCAUCUGCACUCGUUGAUGAUACCAGUCGUUGUUGCUGUGAGAAUCGAUUGCAAUAUAUUUUAAAGAUGUUUAUGUGUGAAAUAUAAAUGUUUAGAUUAAUAAGGCGUGAAGCCGUGAAUCAAAACUAAAGUAUUACAUUUGAUUGUAUGUAGUUGUAAAAUAUUUAUUAAAUGCAAGUAGAAUAACAAAGUGUAAAAUAUUUUUCCAAGCAUGGUUGCAUAUAG